AUGCUCGACCUUCUGCCAGAGCCCGAUCUUCUGCAAUACGAGUCUCGUCUGCACAGAGAAGUCGAGACUUUGAUGGACGAAGCCGCCGAGUACUAUGAAAUUAUCCAUGACGACAUUCGCUCGAAGCAAACCGCAAAGGUGCUGGUCUCGAAGGGCGUGCAGACAGAGGAUCAAUCUGACGAGGAGGACAAGGACGCAGGCUUGGCCAAGAGAAAAAGCGAAGACGAGACAUCGCCACCGGCAUCCAAGAAAACGAAGACGGACGAUGGCGAACAGAGCGAGUCCAAGUCGGACGAUGCUCAGGCAACCGACGCAAACGCAGCUUCGACAUUGUCGUCGCCGGUUAACAGCCAAGAGAGACGAGAGGUGCGUCCAAAGUGGCAGUUCACGACGCUCGUCCCUAUCGAGAGCUCGCCCUGA